AUGGCUUUCGAGUUCUUCACCAUCGUCCUCUCAAAUUCGUUACGGAAGCAGAGGCUGCCAGACAAAUUCGCGAAGGUAUUCCACCGACAUGAGCCCCGAGAACUGAUGCUGCGGGAGGCCGGGCGCCGGCGUCGCUUGUGGGCCGUGGAUGUAGUGUUCGACGCCGACGGCCACAUGUAUCUGGGGAACGGAUGGAAGCAGUUCGCCUGCGCUCAUGACCUUCGACUCGGGCACUUCCUCCUCUUAAGCUAUGACGGGCACGCCGUGCUCACCGUAAAGGUGUUCGACAGGAGCAUGUGCCGCACGGACUAUGAGUACGACGACGAAACCGGCAGUGGGAGCAGCAGCGACAGUGGCAACACCUUGGGAGCUGAAGGGGAAUGGGCAGAGGAACACGACAUGAAGCAGGGCGUAUCCUCAAUGAAUAAUCCAUGCGAUUCGGAUGGAAGCCAGAAGGAAAGAUCUUAUUCUUCUGAAGAAUUGUCAGCAGACGAUAUUCUAUCUGUAGACAAUUCUGUGCACUCAGCUAAUCUACGAACGCUUCCGGAUAACUAUGCCGUAUCUGCCCGAUGCUAUCUUACCAAAGCACAGAAGGUGAAAAUAGUUAUGCUUAUAGACAAAAUUCGACCCAAAUUUAAAGUGUUGGUGCUACUGAUGAAGAAGUCGAACAUAAGACAGCAUACUCUGGUAAUACCCAAGGAUUAUGCAAUCAAGUACUUUCCAUGUGAAAGUACAAGUCUCAUAUUCCAGCUGCCUAGCAAGAACAAGACAUGGAACUGCAGAUUGAGUAUCAGCCCAUCUGGCGUUUGUAAUCCAGGUCGGCGCAGCCUUUAUUGGCGUUCCUUUGCCAUUGACAAUCAUGUUAGGGAGGGUGAUAUAUGUGUCUUUCAACCAACGACAAAUGAUAAGCAUAGAAGAUUCGUAGUGAUAGUCCAUUUCCUUCAAAAAGUGAGCGUUCAAAGUCCCCCUGGUGGAAGAAGCGACGUUGGCUCAAACCACCGAAGGGCAAGUGCAAAAAUGGUCUUGACAGCCAAUGUUAAGGAGGAGCCAGCUAGCGAUGGAGAUUCACACGAUUCCGAGGGAGCUUCGGAGCCUCUCUUUGUGGCACCAGAUAGACCUCGUCUGACGGAUGCACAGAAGAAGAAAGUAUUGGAGAAAGUCCGAUCUAUUGACUCGGAGCUGCCCAUCUGGGUUAUGGUCAUGAACAAUACUAGUGUUCGUCUCUGCAAAUCCGGCGCCUACCUCAACAUGGGCAAGAAAUACGUGUCAAGGUAUCUUGUAAACCAGUACUUUACCGGACGGCACGGAAAGAAGAAUGUGAUGAGUUUGGUGCUUGAGCGGGAGGGGAAGAAUAGAAAGUGGCACACGGAGCUGCGACUAGGAAGUGACGGCGCGGCGAUCGUUAAAGGAUGGAUGUCUUUCGCCCGUGACAACCAGCUACAGGCGGAUGACCUCUGCCUCUUCAAGCUGAUGCGUGAUGAAGACUUUGAAGAGACACUCAAGAUGAUGGUCUACAUCAUUCGCCAUAAGAAGUGCUCAGCUUGA